AUUGUCAUUAAGGUCAACUCCCUUUGGAGAAAAAAAUUUUGAAUUGUAAAAUAAAAUCGUUGUGAAAGUUAUUGACUAUAGACAAAAAUUGAGGAGGGAAAUUUGAAGAUUUUCAUAUGUCUAUAAAUGUUUUUGCGCAAUAUUAAUUACGUAAAGUUAGGAGCCGUCUGCCAAUUUCCACAAAGAAACCAAAUCCCAAAAACCCACAAUACUUUGCGAUAGUUGUAAACAAAACGUGAAACAACUGACAACUUUUCAAUUUUCUAGUUCAUGAUUCCCUUAAUGAGAUUUCCGGUAAUUGGUUGCGGUUUGCAGCCUUCGUUUAAAAUUGUUUUGCUCCAUUAAAUUCAAAGUGCAUCAAUGAUGUUUAUAAAAGCCCCAUUUCUAUGAGGGCAUGCAGCAGAAAGUAAAAGCACUUGCUGAACAUGGUGUCAGCAAAAGGAUUCGCUGUUUUAUUUCUGUGUACCGUCGUAUCCCAAAUAACUCCACAGCAGGACAGCCCAACAAAAGGCAUUAAUUGGAAAAAUGCAAGACCUGGCAAACUUCUGCAUGCUUUGGAUUCUUUAGUUUUGGACUACCACCAUCAACCAACCAUCAACAGUCCAAUAUCAAACGAUACGAAAAAUUCAAAAAGUUUUCUUCCGACCCCAGGCACAAGCAUAAGGAUUUCGAAUAACCAUAUACGCAAAGGAGAACCGAAAAAUAUAGCCCGAUUCCCGAGAAGAACUGAUGACGUUGACGAAUCAACGUCGCCAGAAUCUACGUAUGACUAUGAUAGGGCCUAUGAUACAUUCGUUCGCAAAUAUUUUGAAGAUGCUGCACUCUCGGCAAGUGCUAGCUCAGAAAAACAUCAUGACACUAGUACACAAUACAGUGGUGAGGAACAAUUUCGGUCCGCAGAAGUGGACGAGCCGCAAAUCGAAGAAACAAAACAUUCCAGCAAGACAAACAAAGGCUGUAAGAGUAUGGUAAAAAAUAAUAAGAUGUGCCGCAUAUGUGUUCGGAAUGGCGAAACUUCUGAAAGUUGCUCCUACAAUAAGGAAUCUGCCCCAAAAAAGUUUGCAUAUGAAAUAGAAAAUAGAUAUCGGCAACAUCGGGAACUUUCGCCCGAAACUAUGGAACACCGCCCAAAGCCCCACCAACAAUAUCCGAAAAAGUCAACGUCCGUUGAUGAAGCUUCUCCAACAUGCAUGCGAAAGACAAUGCGUAAUAAAGUGUGUUACCACUGCGAAAACGAGAGGUCCGAAACAACCGUUCAAUGCUAUACCGAUAUGGAGUCCAAAGGAACUCCAGAUAAUUCAGGCAAUAGAAAAAAUGCAGAGCAACGCAUAUAUAAACGAACAGUCUUGUAUACCUACGAGAAAGUUCCACCGACUGCGGCACCAGCCACAACAACAAGCGCCAAAAGCCCUACUGAGAUUAUUUAAAGACAUUUCAAACUGUAGUGUUUUUUUUU